AUGACGGCCCACUGCCUACUGGGCGCGGCGGCCGCCGGCCGGCCGGCACGUCACGGCCCCUCGCCCCCGUUCCACAGCUCCGGCCAGACGAUCACACUGUACACCACUGGCAGCGCAACGCCCAAGGCCACAGCUGCUUCCUCGCAGCACGCUGUGUUCACCAGUGGCAGUGAGGGCCCGAUCGGCCACCGCGGCAGCUGGCUGCGCGCCCUGACGCGGCCAGGGGCGCUCCGGCCCGGCACGGUGACCGUCGUCGACGAGCUCCGCGGCAGGAAGGAGUUCGGGCUGCCUUUGGAAGGGAGGCUGGAGGGCAUCCUCGUCACCAGCUUGGCAGACAGCAGCAGUCACAUGGUGGCCGUGAGGGCCUCGUUUGCCGGCGAUGGCGCGGAAGACAGCCUCAGGUUCUUCGGCGUGCGCCGCGACGACCAGGAGGAGUCUCACAUCGCGGUGGUCGGCGGGACGGGGCGGUACAGCGGGGCCGCUGGUUUCGCCGUGGUCAGAGCGGCAGAUGUACCUGAAACGGGUGGGAAUGUCAGCUCGAGCAGUGCGCUCAGUUUCAGUGUGCAUCUCAAGUAG